CUGAGCCGCUUUUCAGCCUCCCUGGGCUUUGUGCGCUUCUUCUCGACCAGACGAACCGAACGCUGGCUCGGCGGUAACAGGAUGAAGGAGAGGAGGAAUACGCAGCCGCUGGUGGUGAGAUGUAAGCUGGUUCUUGUGGGAGAUGUCCAAUGCGGAAAAACGGCGAUGUUGCAAGUCCUUGCAAAGGAUUGCUAUCCGGAGACCUAUGUGCCCACCGUGUUUGAGAACUACACAGCCUGUCUGGAGCUGGAGGAGCAGAGAGUGGAGCUCAGUCUGUGGGACACUUCAGGUUCUCCAUACUACGAUAACGUGCGGCCUCUCUGCUACAGUGACUCAGACGCCGUCUUGCUGUGUUUUGACAUCAGCCGUCCAGACACCGUGGACGGCAGCCUGAAGAAGUGGAAAACUGAAAUCCUGGAUUUCUGCCCGAGCACACGCAUCCUGCUCAUCGGCUGCAAGACGGACCUCCGCACCGACGUCUGCACUCUGAUGGAGCUCUCCAAUCAGAAACAGACUCCCAUCACCUACGAGCAGGGCUCUGCCAUGGCCAAGCAGCUGGGCGCCGAGGCCUACCUGGAGUGCUCGGCCUUCACCUCGGAGAAGAGCAUCCACAGCGUCUUCCGCACGGCGGCCAUGGCCUGCAUCAACAAGCUGCAGCCCCUCCCCAAGCCCAGCCCCACCCGCCGCCUCUCCAAAAGACUGCUCCACCUGCCCAGCAAGUCGGACCUGCUCUCCUCCACCUUCAAGAAGGAGAAAGCCAAGAGCUGCUCGGUCAUGUGAGUGGGAACCUCUCGGGUUACAGGCCUCACAUGCGACCCCCGGCCCCUGCCUCUUUGGUCUCGGGGAAGGGGGGGUGGGCACGAUGGUUUUAUCAGGGCUCCCUGCUGGAUCCUUCCCUCACCCCCCCAGAAACCAAACACCCCUCAGAAGAGGUGGACACCCGGCUGUCCACUUGCUCCUGAACCUUUUAGCGCACAUCCAUCUUUUUCCACGGUUUAUCUUGCUUUUGAACCGACGACGCCAGUCGAGGUUUGACCAUCCGGCUGCCAUUCCUCACCUGUAAACAGUAUGCAACUGCAAUGGUGUCACAUCCGUCCCACUCUACUAUCUAUAGGCACAUGUUGAUUUAGUCCGAAAUGGAAAUGUGCAGCGUGUGACGUUAAAUCUUGUGAUGUAAAAGCCUCUCGGACAGUUCAGUGGAUAUUUUUCUAAGUACAAAAAUAAAUCUAGCAUGAGAUUAUCAGGAAUUAUCGAAAUCCUGCACAUCCUCCUCGCCAGGUGUUUGAGGUGUGUGUUACUGGUUUCCCCUGUGA